GUUUUUCAAUCGCGACAUGGCCGCCACAGAUGGCCAAAUAAUAUUGGCUGCCUCCCGUUUCGGGGAGACCCUACCGGUAUAUAUACGUGACUUUUCCAAACAAAAGUUACCUGCCGUAGCGAAAAUUGUGAAAGGACAACAUCAGAAUUUAGGCGUUCCGACAUUGUCUGCACCUUCGUUGCAAAGCACAGCACUAUUCUUAAGCGCUGGCAAAAAAUAUCAAAUACUAGCGCAACCAAUAAAAAUCAAGGAGGGACGCAAGCCCACAAAUGUAGGUGCCAAGGUGCUUAUACCGGAAACCUAUACGGGUUACUUUGAGCUAUUAAGCGAAGAUGGUCGUUCUACGCGCUGCAUCGAUUCGGUGCUAGAAUUAUCAAGGCGAAGGAACUUACGCGUUCUAGUGCGAGAAACGUUUCGGUGCACGCAAAUGAAUCGCACGAUUCAUGCAGGUGAAAUGUUGACCACAAUGAAUGAUAAUGGCAAAUAUUUACAGUGCAAAAACAUCAAAGAUGAAAUCAUUAAUUUGCCACUCGAUACCAAAGCGAAAUUUUCACCCAUUGCCAAGGAGGAUAGCAUUAGUGGAGUGCAUACGGUGAAAAAUCUACUAAUGAAACGUAUGCCUGUUAUUGUGAGAUUAGUCCAUGGUAGCGCACCUAAAGGUCUUAAACAACCAUUUGUCCCUGAAUUACGUUUACUUGGCUGUGUUGAAAUCGAUCGCAUAUUUGCUUUACCACUACAGAAGGAUAAUGACUUGGUACCGGUGCCACUAAAUGCGAAAAUUAAGUUGCAACGUGUCAAAAAUAUGGAGCAACUAGAACACUUCAUAGAAUAUUCACGUUUUUUGGAGAAGGCACAGCGUCUGUUGUCUGAUGCACGUGAUCGUCUACAAAUUGUCGAUCUCAAACUAUCAGAGAAAGAGAAAAAGGACUCUAAGUUCAGUAGCCGUAAUAAAUUACCCGUGGUUAUGUUGCCAUCAGCAGCUGGUGUAGCUGUGGCUGCAGCUGGUCUAAUGGAAGGUGGUUACGUGCUGCGAAAAAGUGCCAGCUGUGAUUCUUACAGCAAAAGUCAGGCGGCUGCAAUAAGCAGUGAAAUCGCUGAAGAAUAUAAUGAAAUAGAUCACAUAUACGAUUACGUCCGUGGCCUAACACCGCUCUCGAAGGGCUUGACGCGAUUUGAACCUAUUUGUGAAACGCCCACAAUUAAAUCACAUCAUACAGAUAGUAGUGGAAAUUAUUGUAGUCUCAUACGUGUGGGCCAUUCACAAAAUAAUAGUAAUAAUAACAAUAGCAACAAUAACAACAAUAAUAAUGGCAACAGCAAUAGCCUAAAUACAAAUGGCAGUAAUGCAAAUCAUAGCACUGGAAAUAACAACAACAACAACUAUAGUAGCUUAGACUCGAAUAAGCAUACAAACACAAAUAGUAGUCACAAUAGUAGUAGCAACAGUAAUCAUCAUCACCAUCAUCAUCAUCAAAGUCACUCGCAUAAUCAUCAUCAUCAGCAGUCAAAUGUUGGUGUUAAUCAUUAUCACCAUAGCCAUAUUCUAGUGCAAGAAGAUAUAAAGCCAGUGCCGCCACCUAUCGAAACAAUACCUGGUAAAAAAUUGCCAGAAAAACGUCAACGUCCGACACUACCAAAGCUUUAUUUGAAAAACACGCACAGCGCAGGAAGCAGCAGUAAUGGUAAUUCAAAUGUUGGUAAUCAUCAUCAUAAUCAUCAUCAUCAUCCACAUGCCGGUACUGCUGUUGUGACUACAACUGCUGCAGCGCAUCACUAUCACGCCCAUAAUGGCGCGACAGCUAAAGUACUGACACCAAAUAAUCAUCAAGCACUAAAUGGUAAUGUCCCACUAAGUGCCGGCAUUUUGAACAAGGAUUGCGGUUUGGAACCACAAUCGCCACUCUUUCAUAUCAGGUAUAAGAGUCUCAGCAGUCUACAAUUGACACCUGAAAGCACCUCAAUCACACCGCCGAUCUCAACAAAUCCCAAAGGACAAACAGUACCACCAGAUGUGGUGCUCAAAUGCAAUAGCAACAUAAACUCACACGCCCAUCUACAGCACAACCAACCGCUAAGCAAAAGUGCUAGCACUGCUGGAGUAGGUGUUGGCAUUGGUGUUGUUCAUCACAAUCCGCGUGAAGGCACACUUGAUUCAUCGCGCAGUGGUGGACGCACAUCGGGCGAUUCAAAUAAAUUACCCGAAAAGAAAACGCGUCGUCUGUCGCGACCACGUAGCUUAUCGAAUUUAGUCUGGGACUUGCGGCCAUCCAAAGAGAAGUCGAAGAAGAAACUAUAUAUACAUCAUUUCGAUCAUCGUCAGCAGGCGACAUUAUAUUUGUAGUCAGUCUAGUUUUAAAUGCAACUCUAAAGUUUAAGGCCAUCGCCAUGGUAAAUUUAAUGAUGAAUAAAAUUGUUGCCAUCACGCAUCUCAGUGUUCAAUUGAUUUUACUUACUUUUAAGUAAACAUAAG